AUGUGUUCUCUUCCUGGGUUCAGAUCAAAAGAUGAUGAACGAGUCAUUCGGGAAAAGCGAGCUUCGUUGAAGUCGAAAACCAGUCCUGGGUCGAUCAAUGUCGUCCCAGAAGUUCCCCAGGCAAGGCCAUCAUUCCAUUUAACUGCCCCAAGUGGUUGGAUGAAUGACCCGUGUGGUCUGGGAUAUGAUCCUAUCUCAAAACUAUACCAUCUCUCCUUUCAAUGGAAUCCAUAUGGCAACAACUGGGGUAAUAUGUCCUGGGGGAAGGCCACCUCCACUGAUCUGGUGUCGUGGAUCGUAUCACCCAUACCAAUCUUGACUCCAUUGACUCAAUAUGACUGUGAGGGUAUCUUUACUGGCUGCCUACAACCAACUGGUAUUCAUGGGCAGCCGGGAGCUCUCACAGCUUUCUAUACUUCCGUCAGCAAUCUGCCAAUUCAUUUCACAUUACCUUAUACUCAAGGUUCCGAAUCUCUUAGUCUAGCUGUCUCCAAUGACGGCGGAAAAUUAUGGGAACGCCAGGAUUGUAAUCCAAUCCUCACUGGCCCACCUGAGCACCUCAAUGUUACUGGGUGGAGAGAUCCUUACAUUACCACGUGGGACAACCAGUUGUUCGGUUUUGUAAGUGGAGGCGUUUUUUCUCAGACACCUGCCGUAUUUAUCUAUACGAUUAAUCCCGCAGACAUUCGAGAGUGGAAGUACGCUGGCCUGCUCGUGAAUCUGGGAAUUAACUUCCAUCCAUCUCGCUGGUCGGGCGACUUUGGUGUGAACUGGGAACUAGCCAAUUUUGUGACAUUGACCAAUGACUAUGGAGAUUCUCGGAACUUUAUCGUGAUGGGUGUCGAAGGUUGUGUACGCUCUGACUUCUCAACUGAGGGUGAAGCUCGCCAUAGAAGAGACGCUCGAGCUCCACGGUGGAUGUCUGUGAAAGCACAUGAAAAAGGAACAGUUAACGAUGGCUCAUUGGCAACUUACAGCUUCGCAGGGCUUUAUGACCAUGGAUCUCUAUAUGCCGCUAAUUCUUUCUGGGAUCCGCAAACUUCUCAACAUAUUGUAUAUAGCUGGAUCCUGGAAGAUGAUUUACCUGAUGAGCCUCGCGGUCGUCAAGGAUGGAGUGGUGUGAUCUCUUUACCGCGAGUGGUAAAUUUGCAAACCCUGCGCCGUGUCACAAAGGCACGCUCCUCACGUCUGGAAUCGAUUACUUCUAUCGAUGUGGUCCCGAGCGUAUCUGAUACAAAGCUAUUCACCAUUCACACUUUGGGUAUGAGCCCUGAUGCUCGACUAUCACUCCUGCGAACCAACACCACAAAGAGCCAGCUCUUGGGAUUAUCCCUGCCAGAACUCAACACGGUCGAGGGUGUGAUACCUCUGAAUACUGCACGCUGGGAGCUACGGGCUGAAUUUUUUGUCAAUCGGUUCUGUUCGAAGGUUGGUAUUGAGAUUGCUCAUAGUGCUAAUUUUGACCAGCGUACCACACUCGCCUGGGACACCUGUAGCGAGACUUUCACUAUUCACAGACCUGAACUGAAAGAUCCAGAAAUAAACCAUGAUUAUGAAGUCGCACCUCAUACAUUAUUCACUUCAAUCGAUGAAAACGGCGAUGAGAUAGAAGAGACGCUUCGAGUCCACGCUUUCUUCGACACGAGUGUGUUGGAGGUCUUUGUGAACGAGAGAACUGUCAUUACCACGCGUAUAUAUCACCCUUCAGACAAAUGUUUCGGAAUGCGAUUCUUCGCAGAAUCAACUGAUAAAGGUCGAGAGGAAGCAGCUGUUCUGCAUCAAGCGGAUGUUUGGGAUGGAAUUGGUCACCUUCAUGCGAAGGACUUAUCAGAGUCUGAUUUACUUUCAAGUGAGACAGUCUAA